UAGAGCUCCGUCCUGCGCGCCCGGAGAUCCCCAGCAGCCGCAGCCGCGCGGAGCGCACCGUCCGCCCGCCCGCUAAGGAGAGCAGCUCCCCUCCCUGCACACACUCUCCCGCUGACUGAGAGCACAGGCAAACACACACACAAAAAAACACACAUUUCCAAGGUGAAAUUUUCUCUCUUCCUGAAACACAACGUGUUAUUUAUUUAUAUCUUGUGAGAGCCUGCCAGUCAGCCGCGGCGGACAAACUGCGAGCGAACGCCGGGAGGUCGGACUUGUUCGGCUGAAAGGAAACACACCAAAACACACGCGAAAAGACUCCACUUCUGUCGCCCCCUUGUUUGAUUUCCUGCCGGUUUGCUCUUUUUCUUUUCUUUUUUUUUUUGGCUUGCGAUUUAUUUCCUCCUACUACACCGGGACCCUGGGACCGAGAUCCAGCUCCGAGGAUGAAAGAAAACUAGAUUUGUGAUCGACACUCGCAAAUUUACUGGAUUUAUUUCGCCGUGGAGGAAAAGUGACCCGGGAGCGGAGCGGGUGCGCACAAAAAAAGCCCCCCCAAAAAAGCCGAGGUCUUCCACCUCUCUACUCUUCUCUUCUCUCCUCUCCCUCCCGCCAUCUCUCCAUCUAUCAUUCUACCCACCUAUCCUCCUCUGUCUGUCUAUCUAUCUAUCUGUCUCUCCAUUUGUUUCCAUGUUUGUAGGUCCGCGCGAUCUUUCUAAAAUGCAUCAUCAACAGCGGAUGGCAGCUCUGGGAACGGACAAGGAACUGAGUGACUUACUGGAUUUCAGCGCGAUGCCAAACAGCGAUUUGAAAAUGUUCUCAACACCCAUGAUGUUUUCCCCUCCUGUUAGCAGUGGAAAGAACGGACCAACCUCCCUGGGGAGUGGACAUUUCUCCGGCACAAGUAUGGAGGAGAGGACGAAUGCACCAUCAUGGGCCAGUGGAAGUCGUCCUUCCAAGAGUUAUGCGGAUGGCUCCCAGUAUAUGGCAUCCCAUGACAGCCUCUCACCUCCCUACGCCAACUCCAGAUUAGCAGGUAAAACAGACAGGAGUUCAUACUCAUACAGCAGGGAGUCCAACCCACACUGUCAUCAGUCGAUACUGGGCGGUGAGUUGGGUUUGGGGAGUCCCGGCGCAGCGUCACCCACCAAGCCGACUGGUCAGUACUACCAGCACUACAGCUCCAACCCACGGAGGAGAGCGCUGCACAUGGACCCCAUGGAAGUCCAAACAAAAAAAGUGCGGAAGGUUCCUCCUGGAUUGCCAUCCUCAGUGUAUGCGCCGUCUGCCAGUACAGCUGACUACAACAGGGACUCGCCGGGUUAUCCCUCCUCCAAACCUCCCAGUGCUGGCUUCCCAAGUUCAUUCUUCAUGCCAGACGGUCACCACAACAGCGACCCCUGGACCGGCAGCAGUAGCAGUAUGAGCCAGCAAAGUUACCACGGCAGCAUGUUAGGGGGUGGGAACUCAUCCCAUGGGUCCGCUCAGAGCUCCUCCUACUGCGGGAUACACCCUCACGAAAGACUGAGCUACCCUUCACACUCGUCUGCAGAUAUCAGCUCCAGCCUUCCUCCAAUGUCCAGCUUCCACAGAGGGGGAGGCAGCGGAGGCAGCGGCGGCGGCAGCGGCAAUCACUACAGCACAGCCUCUUGUACCGCCCCCACCAACGGCACAGAAAGCACCAUGGCCAAUCGAGCACAGAGCGGAGCAGCCAGCAGCUCUCAAACGGGAGACGCCUUGGGGAAAGCACUCGCAUCGAUUUAUUCUCCAGAUCACACAAACAACAGUUUCUCAUCCAAUCCCUCCACUCCAGUCGGCUCCCCGCCCUCCCUCACAGCUGCCAGUUCAGCCGUAUGGUCGAGGAAUGGUGGACAGGGAGCGUCAUCACCAAACUACGAGGCUCCACUGCACUCUCUGCAAAGUCGCAUCGAGGACCGGCUGGAGCGCCUGGACGAUGCUAUCCACGUAUUGCGGAGCCACGCAGUGGGACCAUCGACGGGCAUGGCCAGCGGGCACAGUGACAUGCACAGCCUCCUCGGGGCUGCACACACGCACAACGGCGCCAUGGGCGCACUGGGCAGCGGGUACGGGUCAGGACUGCUAUCGGCCAACAGACACUCACUCAUGGUGGGAUCUCACAGAGAAGACGGCAGCAGCGUGGGCAGUUUGCGUGGAGGACACUCGAUGGGGGGCCAGGUGUCGGUGACUCAGCUGCCAGUUCAGUCGGCCACCUCGCCGGAUCUCAGCCAGCCUGACCCUUACCGCGCUCUGUCUUCAGGCCUUCAGGGCCAGAGCGCCUCCUCCGUCAGCUCCGAGAUCAAGUCUGAGGAUGAGGGGGACGAGAACCUGCUGCAGGACGGGAAGGCCCUCGAGCCCAAGAAAGAGGACCUUGACAACAAGGAUCUAAAAUCUAUUGAGAGCAACGCCGAUGAUGAGGACUUGAGUCCUGAACAGAAGAUGGAGAGAGAGAGGGAGCGGAGGAUGGCCAACAACGCGCGGGAGCGCCUGCGUGUCCGUGACAUCAACGAGGCGUUCAAGGAGCUGGGCAGGAUGGUCCAGCUGCACCUGAAGAGUGACAAACCCCAGACCAAGCUGCUGAUCCUGCACCAGGCCGUGGCCGUCAUCCUCAGUCUAGAGCAACAAGUUCGAGAGCGAAACCUGAACCCCAAGGCAGCCUGCCUGAAGCGGCGCGAGGAAGAGAAGGUCAGCGUGACGUCAGACGGAACUCCGCUGGCUCUGGCUGCCGUACACCACGCUGCUGCCGCCAUGGGUGACGGACCCAACCCCAUGGGACAAAUGUAAAAUGCAGCAACAUCUCCUCCCCCUGAAUGGUCCAAGGUGCCAGAGUUCAUCAAGAUGAUGAGUGACCACUUCCUCUGACAGCGUUUCCAUGACAGCCUGGCAAUCGAUCAACCCUUUUGUUGCUCAAGGCAGACCAAUCAUUUACCUGGAAUUUCGGUCCGACCAAUCAGAUCCGUUUCUGUCUCUCCUCUCAUCUGUCAUCUCUGAUCCUGCUCUUCAACAUCUUUUCCUCUGUUUGUCGAGAACAUGAACUGCAGAGUCGCGUUAGUCGCUUCCAUCCCUUUGCAUCUCCAGCUGAACGGAACGGGAGGCUUCGAGACAAGCGUGGACACGUCAAAACAGAACCGCUACAAACAGCUUUUGACGCAAAGCGAUAGCAAACGGACAAAGAUCUUUGGAAACACACCAUCAGAGACACUCUCCUACUUGUACACGUUUUUUUCAGCAUUCCCAGUUUUAAAGAACAAAAAGGUUCAAUAUAAAUAUACAGUAUAUAUAGUAAAUACAUAUAUAUGAAGAAAAAAAAAGAAAAAUGUUUAAAAAGUGCAACUUGACGUGGGCAGUGAGCAAGGUUGGAGUUGGGGAGGGAUGUUCAGAAUGGAACAAAACAUAUCACAAAGUGUUUAAAGAGAUUUUUUAAGCAACAUUGCGCAGCUGUAGAGUGCAGCGUCAGCGCAUCUCUGACUGAACGGCAAUCUAACGCCACACUGUGGAUGAAGCUGUGCCUGAUCUCGUCUUGGAUGCAAAGUCAGACGGAUGCACAUGGAGAAGCAAAGCAGGAAAAAGUAGAAAGUCAACGGGAACAUUCUGGGACCGGCCACACUCUCAGACACUCUUUUACAACACUAAGAAGAAAGAAAGUGCUAUGAAGGAGAGAUUAGGAGGCACUGCUUCUUUCUCUGAGGUGCUUGACUGAUAUGAAUACAAAACUUUCCAAAUGCUUGACUAUCAUAGAUGUCUAGAGAGAAGCCGGGUUAAAUGAGAAAGGAUUACUUGCUCUCUUUUUCUAACACAUUCCCUGCUAAAGUGCAAAUAUUUAGAUUGUUGGUGUAAAACAAAUCUAAACAGUAAAGUUUACGUAUUUUAUUAGUGCUUCAUGGUAAUAGCAACAUUGCAAACUAGUGCAAACCUAUGUCUUUAUAGUGUUAACACCUGUAAUAAAAGCUUGGACAUUAGUACCCAAAUGGUCUCUGUGUAUCUACUGGGAGGAAGAGAGUUCUCAGAGAUUCAAUCAAUAAUCAAUCAAUCAAACUUCAGAGCAACGUGGGUGUUUCAGUAACUGAAGCUGGAAAUGAGACAAUUGAAGGCAGGAAGGAAAAACUCAUGCAAUGCUGAAAAUAGGUGCAUGCAGCAGAAAGGAAAGGCAUUUUCUUGCCAUUUGCAUCUGAAAAUAGUGACAAAUAUUGAGCCAGGCAGAUCAACGAGAGUAUGGAUAGAUGGCAUGAAAGAUGAAUCAACUGGUGUCUGGGUGAGCGCUGAAGAGUGAAGUGGAUUGGUUUAACCAAUGUCCUGAGUCACGCAGCUUAGAUCCAGUCUGAGUGUCUGAGCUGUCGGUGUUAGUGCAGUCAUGGUAAAAGAUAGCAGGAUUGAAGGGGGCGCAAAACAGAAACAUUCACAAAAGCAGAGCUGUAAUUGAACAUGAUGCCGGGAAGGGGAACCGAGGGAACAAUCAUUGGGGUUAGGGGUGUACAUUCUCUUCUAGGGGCACGCAGGAGUCCAACCACUCCUGUGCUGGAUUGUUUAAAUUCCCUUAUUUCAUCUUGUAGAGUGUGGUUGAUCAUAAACCUCCAACUCCAAUAUCAGACCUUAUCCACAACCCAAAUACUAUCACUGGUGAAGCGGGGCUUUCAUUUGACACUUGAGGUGUGUAAAGAAUAGACUUUUAGUUAUGUUCUAUAAUUAUAUAUACCGUAUUUUCUGGACUAUAAGUCGCUAAUUUUUUCAUAGGUUUUGAACCGUGCGGCUUGUACGCAGGUGCGGCUUGUAUAUCUUUUUUUUAUUAUUUUUUUUAAAAUAGAGUGGAUGCAGCUUAUAUGCAGGUGCAGCUUAUAGUCCAGAAAAUACGGUACUUUUUCCCCUGUGUUGCAUUUAACUAGCAUUUUAAGCUGCUUUUGCUGUUUAUUAAUGGCGCACAUAAUCUCUUAGACACUAAGUUCUGAACUGGAAGUUUGCAGUUCCAAGGGAAGGGGAUCCCUUUAAAAGGUAGAUCAUCUGACUUGAUUGGACCGGGGAAAUUCACACCAGUAGUGACCGGGGUCUGAGAGCAGCAUCAGCACAACGCUGUAGCACGUUGCCUCUGCCGUGCUAGCGUCAAAGCAUAUUGUUCUCAUUCACAUUUGCGAUAUAAGAGCUAUGCAGUUGGUGCAGCUGCACCCAUGUGCUAAAUAUUAGUAUGCUAUUGUUUCCUAAUGAGUGUCAGAAUGAUGACGGUUUUGGAGAUACUAGUUUUGGACAUUUGUAGCAGUUGGCUGUCCCUGACACAUUUCAUCCAUUGUUAAAAUGAGUCCAAUGAAACUAGCUGGUGAACAUGCCUUCCAGUUCAAUUCAAUUUUCAGUUCAAUUAAGCUCAAUGUACCAGUUGAAACCAGUGAAAAGCUUACCGGUGACGUCCUGCUUCAGAAUUAGGUCUUCUGUAAACUUUUUGGCAAAAAUAAAAGCUUUCACCCCAAGAAGGUACAAGUGGGAAAACCGUGCACAAAUAGGUCAAGAAUUAAACUUCUGAUGACAACCUUUACCCCUCCGUUAGUCUGCUUGAAAGAUCUGUGAGAAGACUUAUAUGUUUCUCUUGUCAAUCUGGAAGCCCCCUUUCACCUCUGUUUGAACUGCUUUCAAACCAAGUCGACCUGACCCCGACCCCCACCCCCACCCCACAUCCCAAUUCUUUACUUACAUGAGCCUUACGCCCCCCGAACUGGAGCCCCAACCACUCUCCCCAAACUCUUGCCCCACCUAAGCACUCCUGCAGAUGCAAUUUGAACAUUCACACUUCUACCAAUGUGCCUUUUUAGAGUUCAUAUCAUUCGAGUUGCCAGAGGAGGACAUUUACCUGGUCUUUUCAUAGAAUGCAAGCUUAGGGAAACCUGUUUUUAGUCGUUAGGUUCUAUGCAGUCAGGUUUUUUUACCAGACCUGGGAAUUUAAAAAAAGUCAAAAAGAAAAAAAAAAAAAAAGUAUUUUUUGGGGGGGGAAAAACAAAUUUAACUGUAUUUAAUGUACUGUACGCUUAUAUGUAAGUAGACAGCGUGUUCUGGCUUCGACCCAAUGGGAAAGACGCUUGAUUUAGCUAAAUUAACCCCCGCCCCGGUCCUCCAUAAUCUCAAGCCCAUUUUCCUGCCCCGAGUCCUCGUCCUGUUUCGAUCGUUGGACAAUGCACCUCUUAGUGUAUUAUAGCUUAUCAGCUUUUUAUCAAUUUUUGAUCGGCUUGUCUGUAAGCCAAUGUAGUCUUCAGUACUGUGUGUGGUCGUAUGUUGUAAAACAAGUUUUCUCCCCCCCUUCUCUUGCUAUCUCUCGUUCUCUUUUUUAAAGAAGAAUCUUUUUUCUCUUAUGACUUUUUUUUGUCUGUUCUGGUUUACAUGUCUAAAAAAAGAAAAUGUAAAAAAAGAAAGAAAAAAAAGAAAGAAAGAAAGAAAAAAGUGAAUAAAAGAAAACAACACAAUUUGCUAUCUGACAGUAUUGUUCUCUGUCGGUCAUCAUUUUGACAUGGCUAAAAAACCCCAACCGUUCAACAAGAAGGCACGGAAACUGGAAAAGAAUCUAUUGAAAAAAUCAAUCUAUAUAUAGAUGUAGAAAAAUAUAUACAAUAUAUAACGAGGGUGCCAUUUCUGUUGUUUUUUUUUUCCUUCUUUUAUUAUCAUUAUUAUUAUUAUUACUAUUAUUAUUAUGAGUAUGAGCUGUUUUGUCAAAGACUGGACUGACAGAAGUUGGAGAGGCCCCUCAGUGUUAUAAAGUUUCGACUGACUUUGUUGUAUUCCCCUCAACCUCUGACUAGUAUGGCACACUGCGCAGGACAGAACGGGACCGGAGUUCCAUCAGCUCUAUUCCCUCAUGUCGAUCCAAGGCAACAACAAACAGACAUUUGUAAAUUGUAUGCAACAAAAAUGGAAAACUUUACCAUUAUUUUGAAACUGUGUAUGUAAAGUUAUAUUUUUACAUGUAGACUGUUGUUAUUUUGUGUUUUAGAAAAUAUGUUGUAUGUUUUUUUUUUUGUUUAGUUUUGUUAAAAGAUGAAAAAGUUCAAUUCAGUGUGUGUUAAAGAAAAUGUGUCACAUUGAAAAAAUGUAGUAAGUUCAAAGGUUCGGUUUCUUUUUUUUUCUUUUUUUGGUUCUUUCAUUUCAAUGUUUAUAUCUCUGGGGGACAUUUUCGAGAUUUGAUGUUGGAAUCUGACAUCUUAAAACUUUAAAGAGACAUCCCAUAUCUUGAGUUAUCCAUGCCUCAUAACAUUACCAUUUUCAGUUCUAUGUUUUGCUGAAGUGUGUGUAAAUAGUUAUCAUCCAUUUUUCAGUGGGGUGAAGAUUUUGCCAGUGAGACACAAUGAUAACAAUGAAGAACAUGUUUUGAUUUUUUUGUGAGGUCGUCUUUGUCCAGUUCCAGUAGCCCGGUGCCAACGUUUAGUUCUGAUCAGUGGUGCUCAGUAGUGUUAGUGGUUUUGGUUGCUGACCACCUGAAGUGUGUAAGUCAAAGUGUUGUCUUAGCUUGCACCAAGCAUCGCUUGCAUCACAGCCAGCGUGAGCCAUCAUUUUGCACCAUGGGAAGAAUUUGUUAAAAUUUUGGGCCCAAAAUUAGGGAUCACGCCAAAUUUUUUGCAAUAAUACUUUUUGCUACGAUAUAUAUAGGUUUGUGGUGAUAACUUCUGUCGUGGGGUUGGUGUCACAAAAUUCCGUAACUGUGGUACCCAAAGAGUGUAAUUGAGCUUGGCGCCCCACGGUGGCUGUGAGUCAGCUCUGACUCUUGUGCUGUUAGUUUCUUCACAAAGGAGUGUAAAUGUUUAAAUUAAAGACGCUCAGCACCUGAUUCAAGAUUAAUAUAUGGACAUUUUGGAAGAGAUCAGAGUGUUUCUAUUAUAACGGAGUAGGUCGUCUGCAAACAAUCUCUUAAGCUAUUUCCCCAAAAAGAAGUCAGAUGGUGUGCUUGGCAGUUUCAGUCAUGUUUUUGGUGUUUGCCGUCAAAAUUGAGCUUUUUGUCAAAAGAAAAGGCUCUGACUGGGACCUAGGUCAAACACUAGGAUAGAAUCUGUCAGUGGAAGUGCUAAAUGUACUUUUUUUGAAAUAAUAUUAUUUUUGCAAAGUUUCAUCUCAUAUUUUCUUUGUUGUAUAAUCAAUUCAUCUCCCAAAUGACAGUAUCUUCAUUUUUAUGUUACCCCUGGUGUUGCUAUUAGCCAAAUUGUUAACUGCUUUUCUUUUUCCUCCUUGUUGUACAUACACACCUCAUUUUUCUUUUUCAGUGACUGUGCCAUGAGCUUUGUAAUCUGUUACUCUGUACAAGUUUAACUGCAAUAAUGAGUUGAAUUCAAACCGCCA